GCUUCUUCCUCCUGCUUGAUUCGUGACUCGUGUCUGCACCUCGAGAGCUGGGACCAUCGCACCAAGCAAUCAUUCUUUGAGCCCUUCAAAGAGCACAGAGGGUGUUGCAACAGCCAGUGCCACGCCCACAGAGCACCCCUCAUUCGCCAGCAUGGCGCCUCCACAGCAGGGACACCAUCAUCGAUCCGUGCUGAAGCAGAAGCACAAGGCGUUCGGACGACGACACGCAUCCAAAGGAGAGCUUAAAGCACGCGCGAAAGGCAGAACGGGGUCAGAAGCCGGAAUCGGCACCACCACGCGUUCUGUGAAGCAAUCGCCCUUCUCUGCUGGCAGUAGUGGCGCUAGGACCGGUCAACAUGCAAAGGAUGUGAGAAAGAGGAGAGCAAAGGAUGUGGCGGAUAACAAGAGGCGGGCUCUGAUCGAAGCAAAGAGAAUGUUCAGCGGACCAAAAGGCGCUCCAAGGACUGUCGUCUUCGCUAGCCUGAGUCAUGAUGUGGAUGCUUGGCAGUGCAUCAAGCAGCUUGAAGCUGUUGCGGGGGAGGAAGACGACUUGAAAGCCAUCGGAGAAGGCGCGCACAGCGCUCAGCGACGAAUGGUCGAGUACGACGUGCCUCGAUUUCGGACGAAGCUUCAAUUGCACGCUCCUGCUUACGGAGCUCUGUAUCCCUUGCUGGACUUGGCGCAAUGCGCAGAUUUCGUCAUCUUUGUGCUGUCACCCAGCACUUCCAUCGAUCCAGGUUCAUGGGGCGAGCUGGCUCUUCGCAUCAUGCAAGCGCAAGGCCUGCCCUCCGUUCUUGCCGCUGUGCCGACGCUUACAUCCGACGAGGUUUCCGCGCUCAAAGCUGGGCCUAGGAUGAGAGCGGUUCAGGCUGCGAGGAGCAGCUUGCUCAGCUUCGCGAGGUACUUUGCGCCUGGUUUGGACAAGAUUCACGCCCUGGACGAGAAGUCGGACAGAUCUUCGCUCAUCAGGACCUUGGCCACUUCUACACCACGAAGGGCAGCGUGGAGAGAAGCAAGGAGCUGGGGUAUCGUCGAACAGGCAUCCUGGUUAGCAUCGACUUCCGAGGCAUUGCUUGAAUCGGAAGCGCAGCGGGGAAAUCUCAGUGUGGAGACAUGGGUCAGGGGUGCGCCACUUUCGGCGCAGAGGCUGGUGCACUUGCCGGACUUUGGCGACUUUGUGAUCCGAAGGAUCGAGAGUGCACCCCACGUCAAUGCAACGCACAAGCACGCUCACAAGGCCCGCAAAGGCGGCGAUGUGGAGAUGACGGAUGCUGCAGAGGCAAAGGAAGAGACAGAGGUGCUCGACGACAGGGAAGAAGGCUAUGCGGACGAGCUCAUUUCAGAGAACGAACCAGACGACAUGGAAAAUGAGCAGACUUGGCCCACUGCGGAGGAGAUGCAGCAUGCGGUAUCGUCUGCCGAUCUGGAGCAGAGCGCUACAUCGGGUGUCAGAUUCGCUGAGGUGCCCGAUGCUCUUCCAGGAACUACUCCAAAGGCGAUCAUCAAGUCUGCCGUUCCAGGCAAGGGUAUGGCACUCAGCAAGGAAGAGCGAGAGCGGAAACGGUUCCAGGCUGCUUGGAUAAUAGACGACGACGACGACGACGAUGACGAAGACGAGGAGGAGGAGGAGGAGGGCAGUAUCGAUGAAGCCAUGAACGAUGUCGCAGCAAAUCGAGAAGGUGCUGAGCCUGCUGAUCCCAGCGCUGACUUCGAUGGAGUGUCUGACGAGGAAGUCACAUCCGACAUGGACGACAUUGACAUGGCUUCAUUUGAGGCUUAUCAAGCAGGACGAGCAGCUGAAAGGGAGCGACGAAAGGCAGAGGAUGAGGACUUGGAGUUUCCAGACGAGGUUGACACUCCUGUCCACAUCCCUGCAAGGCAACGCUUUGCCAGAUAUAGAGGGCUCAAAUCGAUGAGAACGUCAGAGUGGGAUCCGUAUGAGGAUCUGCCGUCCGAAUAUGCCAAAAUCUUCCAAUUCGACUCUUUUAGAAAGACGAGGAGAAGAGUGGAAGGCGAGGCGCUGGAGGAGGGCGUUGCUAUGGGACAUAGAGUUCGAGUGGUCAUUGAGAACGUUCCGCUGCAAGCAGCCAUUCGAGCAGGAGCAGUCGUUGAUGGAGUGCUGAGCUCCGGAGAAGAUCAGUCGGCCAUGGUGCUUUUUGGUCUACUUAGACAUGAGCACAAGACAAGCGUGCUCAACUUUACGGUGUCGCGAAACACAGAGUAUGAAGAGCCGGUCAAGUCCAAAGAUCCACUCCUACUUUGUCUUGGACCGCGGAGGAUGCGAGUGCAGCCCAUCUUUAGCCAGCAUAAUCCCGCAAACAAUGGUCAACGGGGCUCCAAUAACGUGCACAAGUUUGAGAGAUUCUUGCGUUCAGGUCCUGGGGCCACGUCCGUAGGCACCGUCUUCGGACCCAUCACGUUCGGCAGUGCAAACGUACCUGCGAUUUUGCUGAGGGAGAGGUCUGAAGAUGGUACUUUCGGGCACGAUCAGAGAGGCGUGGGCGCUCGACAGAUGCCUUGGCUCGUAGGCAGUGGAAAUCUGUUGGAUGCUGGACCAACCAGAAUCAACACGAAGCGCAUUUGCCUCACAGGUUCGCCCUAUAAAGUACACAGAAAGAGCAGCGUCAUCAAGUGGAUGUUCUUCAACGCCAACGACGUUCACUACUUCAAACCGCUCGAGCUUCACACCAAAUACGGAAAGACAGGUCAUAUCACCGAAAGUCUGGGCACACACGGUCUUUUCAAAGCUCACUUUUCUGGUCCCAUCAAUCAGAUGGACACGAUUCUGCUCAAUUUGUACAAACGCGUGUAUCCAAAGUGGACUACGAGUCUAUUUAGGGAUGGAAGCGACGAAUUGCCGCUGCGAGUCGCGCAGGAAUCGGCUGAAGGAAAGAAGAGCGAAGCAGAGGGCUCGAUCAUAGAUGAUGCUGCGCCGGCCCGCCAGCUGUUCAUGGAGGUGUGAAGGUGCUUGAUGACUAAUGCAUGUAUCUUCAUUGUCUU